AUGUUGGAUUCCGUGACACACAGCACCUUUCUGCCCAACCCAUCCUUCUGUGACCCCCUGAUGUCGUGGACAGAUCUGUUCAGCAAUGAAGAGUAUUAUCCCACCUUUGAACAUCAGACAGCCUGUGACCCCUACUGGACAUCAGUGCACCCCGAGUACUGGACUAAACACCAUGUCUGGGAGUGGCUCCAGUUCUGCUGCGACCAGUACAAGCUGGAUGCCAAUUGCAUUUCUUUCUGCCACUUCAACAUCAGCGGCCUACAGCUAUGCAGCAUGACGCAGGAGGAGUUCAUCGAGGCAGCCGGCAUCUGCGGGGAAUACCUGUACUUCAUCCUCCAGAACAUCCGCUCGCAAGAUUACUCCUUUUUCAAUGAUGUUGACAAGACGAAAGCCACCAUCAGAGACUAUGCCGAUUCCAGUUGCUUAAAAACAAGCGGUAUCAAAAGCCAGGAUUGCCACAGUCACGGGCGAACAAGCCUCCAAAGUUCUCAUCUCUGGGAAUUUGUGCGUGACCUGCUGCUGUCUCCUGAAGAAAACUGUGGCAUUCUGGAGUGGGAAGACAGGGAGCAAGGUAUCUUCCGGGUAGUUAAAUCAGAAGCUCUGGCCAAGAUGUGGGGACAAAGGAAGAAAAAUGACAGGAUGACGUACGAAAAGCUGAGCAGAGCCCUGAGGUACUACUAUAAAACGGGGAUUUUGGAACGAGUCGACCGAAGGUUAGUGUACAAAUUUGGAAAAAAUGCACACGGGUGGCAGGAAGAGAAGCUAUGA